UUGGAGUGCAGUUGAGAGACAACUGUGUUCCCCAUCCCCCUGGCUCCUCAAGUGCAUAAAUAACAUCUCUUUGGGGUAUUCCUUUUAGUUUGAGAGGUAGAGGAGAAUGGAGGUUGCAGGCAAGUUAUUGAAACAAGUUCCCUGUGAGUAUCCAGGCUGUUUGGCCAAAUUCACCAGAACUUGGAAGCUGGAGGAACACCUUAGUGUACACACUGGGCAGAAGCCUUACAAGUGUGAUGAGGGGGAAUGUCAAAAGACUUUUACUCGAAAGUCUCACCUACAGAGACAUCUAUGCCAACACCUGGGACAGAAGAGAUUUGGAUGUAAAGCUGAGGGCUGCACAGAAGCGUUUGUUAGCAAUGAACGUUUAAAGAAACACAUGAUGUAUCAACAUGGAAACAAAGAACCCUACAAGUGUUCUUCUGAAGCUUGUGGGAAAACAUUCAAGAAAAGUCGUGACUUGAAAAUCCAUAGCUAUGAGCACUUCAAAGAGCCUGCUUUUGAGUGCCAGAAGGAGGGGUGCGAAAUGAAAUUUAAGACACCAAAUGAACGCAAAGUGCAUGAAAGAAAACAUGAUGGCUAUCCUUGCAGUUCUGAAGUAUGUCAGUUUGUUGCAACCACAUGGACACAACUACAAAAGCAUCUGAAAAUUCAUCCAAUUUCAGUUGAACAUUGCUGUGCUAAUUGUGAAAAGAAAUUCAAAAGCCUCAGUGCCUUGCGUAGACACAAACUGAUCCAUCGGGCCCAAGGUCCUGGGCGUACAUGUCCAAUGGAGAACUGUGACCUAAAUUUCACAACUGCCUUUAACCUGGAACAUCACAUCAGAAAAGAUCACUUCAAGAUAUUUGAAUACAAAUGUUACUUUCCAGACUGCCAAAAGGCUUUUGUAAUGAAGGAAAGUCUUCACCGCCAUCUUGUAGUGCAUGAUCCUGAGAGGAAGAAACUAAAUAUCAAUCACAAAUGUAGACAAAAAUGGCGUCCAGACCAGAGGAACCUGGUGAUUGAAGAGAAACUGACCAGACUGUUCAAUGAGAAACAAAUUUUCAGAGCAAAAAGUAAAAUAGAGAGUGACCUCUCUGGUCUCUUUAAUGAGCGUAAAAUUACACAUCCUGUGAGUAAUGAAGUCAAUCUUUCACGACUAUUUGAAAACCAACUGCUUUUACAAGAAAAAUAGUUUGAAUUUCUUUCCAAUAGUACCUUAAGUGAUUUUUAAUUUUGUAACUGAUUUACCACCGAUCUUGAUGUGCAGUUGUGCCUUUUUACUUUAGGUUUUGAAGUUUGAGAUGGUGGUAUUUUGAUUUGGAUGUUAGUGUUUUAGUAUGAAAAGUGAGUCUUAUCACUUGAACUUUGUCUAACUUUUUGAAUUUGCAAUUGCUUGAGGAAAUUUCUUGAAGUUUGCUUUAAGAAUGUAACUUCAGUGCUUUGGUGUGCCUCUGCCUCCAUGUCUAGGCAAUCUUCCUGUACUAAAGGUUGCAAGCCAUCCUCCUGGUGUUUUUAUGGCUGUUUAAAAAAAAAAAAAAAUUAAGCUGGAGUAUUCUGGCAACUGUUUCUUUGAGGGGAAAAAAAUUGAAUCCAGUAUGGACUGAAGAUGUGCUGAAAUGUAGUCUGAUCUGUUUGUUUGGCUUAGUUUUUUUUUCAACUUUCAUAAGUAGAUACAUGGCCUCUCUUUCAGGAAGUGUUACAUGAAUACUUCUAGGUGUAACUUAGUUUUUAAUUUGUCAAUGGCUUGCAUUAAUUAGUUAUCCCAAAUUCACCUUUGGAGGUGGUGGGCUACUUGACUUUGUUAACACAGUACAGGAUUCUUCAUUUGAGGCAAUGGAAAUGUUGGUUUCAGAUUGAUUUCACAUGGUCUUGGACCCAUAUUGGAGUGUGUCAAAUAUUUGAGCCAAGGGUGGCUUGAUUUAAUUUGUUAUAAACUGAGCACUCCUGUUUAUGUUAAUAAAUGCAUGAACUGAA